UCAGCUGAUCGCUGUUUGUUGGCUGCUGCUAGCUCUUCGCUUAGCUUAGUUUAGCUUAGCUUCGCUGAUGUUGUGAUCGCCACCCUCCUUCACAGGUAGCCAGCUUCCCCGCAAGCUGUUUUCCAGCCACAAUCGCUCAACUUUUACCGGCCUCCGCACCCGCCGAUAGUCUACCGGGGCCCGCAUGGUGCUGCGCAGCGGACGUUAUUGAUCGUGGGCCGAGCAGGAGAAGCGUCUGAUCAGCGUGUCGUAGGCAGCACACCCGCUCGACAGCCAAGCCAGACAGCCGCCGGCGCCGCCGAUGGAAUUUAAACACACAACAAUGGCGAGUCUCGGUCCCAACAAGACCUCCGUGGCCAGCAGUAACAACGGCGGCACGGUGAACGCCGCCUCAGCUGCCCACCAGCAGUCUUUGCAGCACAUUAGCAGCGUGAGCAGCCUGCAGGAUGCCAACACCUGCUGGAGGUGUCAGAGUGAAACAGGCUUUCAGAUAAACCUGUCUGGAGCCCCCCCAAGCAAACGUAAAGCCCUCAAGCUGAACUUCGCCAACCCGCCCAUCAAACCCACCACCAGAUUCGCGCUGAACACAGGCGGACAACCCUUCCAGAACCCGCACAUCGAAAGGCUGCGAACGCACAGCAUCGAGUCAUCGGGCAAGCUGAAGCUGUCGCCCGAGCAGCUUUGGGACUUCACGGCCGAGGACCUGAAGGACCUGGGCGAGAUCGGUCGCGGGGCCUACGGCUCCGUCAAUAAGAUGGUGCACAAGCCCAGCAACCAGAUCAUGGCGGUCAAGAGGAUCCGCUCAACGGUGGACGAAAAGGAGCAGAAGCAGCUCCUCAUGGACUUGGACGUGGUGAUGCGCAGCAGCGACUGUCCCUACAUCGUGCAGUUCUACGGCGCUCUUUUCAGAGAGGGCGACUGCUGGAUCUGCAUGGAACUCAUGGCUACCUCUUUAGACAAGUUCUACAAGUUUGUGUAUUGCUCACUAGAUGACGUCAUUCCUGAGGAAAUCUUGGGGAAAAUCACUUUAGCCACUGUGAAAGCACUUAACCACCUAAAAGAAAACUUGAAAAUAAUCCACAGAGACAUCAAGCCGUCAAACAUUCUUCUGGACAGAAACGGAAACAUCAAACUGUGCGACUUUGGCAUCAGUGGCCAGCUGGUGGACUCCAUCGCCAAAACGCGCGACGCCGGAUGCCGACCGUACAUGGCCCCGGAGCGAAUCGACCCGUGCGCAUCGCGGCAAGGUUACGACGUGCGCUCGGACGUUUGGAGUUUGGGAAUCACGUUGUACGAGCUGGCGACGGGGCGCUUCCCGUACCCCAAAUGGAACAGUGUGUUCGAUCAGCUGACCCAGGUGGUCCGAGGAGACCCGCCGCAGCUCAGCAACUCUGACGAGCGACGUUUCUCGCCCAAAUUCAUCUCCUUUGUCAACGUGUGCCUUACCAAGGACGAGUCCAAAAGGCCAAAGUACAAAGAGCUGCUGAAAGAUCCAUUCAUUCAGAUGUACGAGGAGCGUCAGGUGGACGUGGCCACUUACGUGUGCAGACUUCUGGAUCAGAUGCCGGCUUCUCCUAGCUCGCCUUCCUAUAUGGACUGAUUGCCCUUUCCCAAAUGAAUACACACUCACACGUUGGUUCAUCUAAAUGCAACAAUAAAGACUUCAAGCCAGAUGCAAAACAAAGCAAAGCUGCGAGCAAAAAAAAAAAAAAGCACGUUCAUCUCCUUCACAUCACACUCACAAUUAAACACACACACACAGCCGUCAUGAUGAAAAUGUGUCUCAGCGAUGCAACAUUAUAACUAGAUCCAGAUGAAUGCUAAUUAUUAUUAUUGUUAUUAUUAUUGAGGAGAAAUAGAAAGUGUUGCCUCCUGCUGGAAACAUGCUGAGUGCAUGUGUGUGUGUGAAUUGAAAGCAUCAAGUGUUUGGUCUCCUUGUCAUAUCAGAAAGGAGUAAAGAGUCCGAAGUGAGAGGCUGAAGUUGUUUAUGACAUGCUGAGACGUAAAUAAAGACCAGAAGAAUAUUCUGUA